CUUCGUUUUCACAACAUUGUCAUUCGCUCAUCCCCACUUUUGUUUCCACGUGCGUUCACGUCCCCACACCCUGGGAAAAAGUCAAACACCAAGGAGACGACUGUAAACAACUUUGCUCGGAUCGUGAAUGACAGUUGAUUUUUUUCUAUUUUGUGUAAUUUUAAAAAGCUCACAUUUUUGAAAAUGGAGGAAUAAUUUCCGUUGAUCUGAAAUGACUGAGGAGUCUUUCGGAACUCAUCAUGAUAAAAAAUAAAGCGGAUAAAGUGACUAAAAACGGAGUUGAAAAUGAUGAUAACAACAGCGACGAGGAGAGUGGUGAAGUGUUGUUUUACGUGAAUAAGAAUGGGUUUCCGGUGGGCCCGAGUACGUGGGAGAGGAUGUGGAAUCACGCUGGGAAGGUUCACCCAGCUGGAAUCAAACCCAUGGGAGAGAUAAGGGAAGAUAAAGAUUUAUCCAAGGUUACGAUUCCCACAGCUCCUACAUUUCAGCCCAAUACAUCAAUACCAUGCCGACUGGACGCAGUGCAGGACUACAUGAAAGAGCUGCAAUAUAAUCACACAGGAACACAGUUUUUUGAAAUCAGGAAAAACAGACCAAUUUCUGGGUUGAUGGAUUCUGCUAAAGAAAUGAUACGAGAAUCUCUGCCAAUCAAGUGCCUUGAAGCCGUCAUUCUUUCAUUAUACCUAACCAAUGGAGCACCAGGUCUGGAGAGGUUUCCCCUCAGCUUCAAGACGCAUUUCUCAGGGACCAUCCAUCGGCAUGUGGUGCUAGCCGUUUACUACUCAGGGAGGUAUGGUGCUUUGGGGAUGAGUCGGAGAGAUGACCUCAUGUACAAACCCCUGGAGUUCAAGAGUCUUUCGGAGCUUGUGUUUGACUUCGAAGAUGUGUACAAGAAGUACUGGCACACAGUGAGGAAGGUGAAGAUUGGUCUACCAGUGUCACAUGAUCCACACAGCUUUGAACAAAUACAGUGGCGGACUAUGUCAGUGAGUCCAAGCAAACAAACAAGAUCCGAAGUGCAGAAAGAAAUAGAGAAGUUCACAAAGGACCUGAAGAGUAGGUUCAAAUGGUCGUCUAGCUACUCCAGCUACCAGUUCGUGAAAGAAAACACACGACUAAACUACGAGCCGACAUCGCCGAGGAAAUCCAUCUCAUCAUCCUUGACGUCCAAGACUCCGAGAAAAGAUUCUCAAGCAUCUGGGAGUAAGGAAACGACGCCCUUAUCUCCGCAGGCCGUCAGGGCGUGUGAUAGCAGUGAUGAGGAGGCAGAGGGAGUAAGCCCGACCCCCGGGGCUAAGAAAGGCGCAGCGAUAGACUAUCAGAUCAGGAUUUGAGGUAGUAGAUUCUGCGGUUGUCAUAAAGAUAGUAGACCCCUUGUAUAAAGCAACACGCUACACAGGGACGCUGAGCUCACACGCAUGGUUUGACGAACAAAGAACAGCUAUCGUCCAAUCUUUAGCCUCCUGUGUGAGGGCGCAUUUUGACCCCAGUGAGGGCACUUUUUGACCCCAGUAAAGGCGCUUUUUGAAGAUGAGGCACAACAUGUAAGGGGUCUUUAGUUGUUUGUAGUCACUGGUGUCAGAACGGUUUCUAAAAAAUUUAGCUGGUUUUCCCACUGUCUGAAAUCUGUAGCCCUUUAGGACCAAAUAAAGCCUAUUGCCACAAAAACUUUGUAAGCAUAAUUUUGUUUUCGCUAAAGAUUAUUUGCUUAAGGUUACCAGCGAGGCAUCGUACUUUACCUUUGCUGCGACUGGUACCCAAGUCAUUUAUAACAGAAUUUCCUAAAAUCUCAAAAAGCUGGGGAUUUUAGGUUGAAAGUGCCAAAAAUUAACCUGGGCACAGAAAGAGUUUUAAACUGUAUAUAAAAAUGAUGUACAAUUUUGAAUAUGACCCAGAGUAUUUAACUAAAUGAAUUUAUGAUUUUUCUAAUGAACGGGUAAGGGCCUGAGAGAUUUCUUAAUUUUUACAAAUUUAAUUUGGGCCCAUGGAAAAUUCUAUCCGAUUUGCUAUGAGAGGUUGUGAAACUUUCUGUGCUCAUAUUUAUUUGGUCGUGUUGGUCAUAGAACAGUUUGAGCGCAUUUUGAACAAUUUAUAGUUUAUUUGCUGCUUAGAUUGUGACUGUGGUUUUAUUUUUAACCUUUAAGGGUACUGUACACGUUUGGUAAUAGUCAAAGACCAGUGUUCUCAUUUAGU